GUGCCUGAGAAUCUACGAGCCUUUGUACCCCUGACGAUAUAGUGUCCUGUACAUUUUUCCCCAAACGUUUCAUGUUGCUUUCCCGCAUCUUUAUUUUGCGAAACGCUUUAAUAUGGUGGAUUUCAUCUAGGCUGUGUCUACUUCCUAUCCGCUGUGAGUUCCCAUAGAGCAACUAACAUUUUGAAGAAGUGCAUUUCCCAGAAACAGGAAGUCCCAGUUGUGAGUUUGGUAACACAGAGUAACUGAGAGCCACCGGAGAAGAAGAUCAAUAGUGGCGUGCGAACACCGAUUCAGAAACAUGGCAUCACAGCGAUAUUGGCAUCUUUUUGCGAUGCUGAUUUGGAUUCUCCAAAUGCUCCUUCCUUUAUGUUUAGCGACAGAAGCUCCAAGAUUAUUAAUUUUCAACACCGCCUUUGUGGCAAUCACGGGCGAAGAUCUCUACGUUCAUUACGAGCUGAACAUCCCCGCCAACCAAAGCAAAGACGUCUUGACGUGCUUUGACCCUGACCACCGGCAGAUUUUCAGACACGAAGUCGCUGCAACUCCAGGCCACGCGGUGUCCUACAAGGCCGUGCUGGACCUGAAAAUGCUCAUUAAUUCGGGGGAAUAUCAUUGCCGGUAUAAGGUGGCCAAAGUGUACUGGUUUCUGCGACUGAGAGAUGAAGGCUACAGGGACGUCGCUAUGGUGGACUACACAGACUUCAUCGUGGUGGCCUUCUUCAGCGGUGUGUUGCUGGUUUUUAGUGUGGUCAGCUCUGUUUAUGUCUUCAGAGGAACUUGGAAACAACAAAUGCCCAAGUGUGGCAAUCCAAGCAACGAUCGAAAGCAGAACAAAGAACGGACCCAAGCAGAAAAGCCUGAGGAUGACACUAUGAGUGUAAUAAUAACUUCUUCCACAUCGCUCUAUGCUAGUCUUGAGCCACGACCUCGGUCCAUUUAUGAUGUGCUGGAGCGCUCAGCUGUCGACAAGCCUGCUCCAAAGCCAAUAUCAGGCCAGAGACCGGUGGAACAACGCACACCAGCCCAAGAUGAAGGGGUAUUUGAGUCUGUCUAUGAGAAUUUCUGAAUCAUAAAGAAUCCUGAUUCAACCCUGGCUGACAUUGUCACCCAUAAAUAAAUGAAUUGUAUUGAUAAACGCAGACGUAUUUCCACAUUUAAAUGACUGAAAGUAUCAAAAUCCCGAUGUGAAAAUAUACUCAUAUAGGCCUACCUCAGAGCCAUAGUACACAGGCAAACUUCUAAUGUAAAUCUGUCUACAGUGUCAGUGACUCACUAUAUGAUGUUAAAAACCCAAGAAUAUUUUCCAUGAACUGUAGCGAGCCAGAAAAUGCUUAAACCUUUUCCACAACAAUGUUCAGCACCUUCUCUGUAUAAAUGAACUGUUUAUGGAUAGUUUUCCCGUGACGUCACGCACCUCUGGACACGCCCGCGGCCGCCAUAUCAAAGCGUUGUUUGAUAUUGAUUCUUUGAAUAGAUACAUUUGAUAGGCAACGUCAAAAAAUGGUGAGUUACUGUGUGAUGUUUGGCUGCAACAAUACAGGCAGGAGGGACAGUCGCGUAUAAAUGUUUACCUUGACCAAUUUUGAAUCAGGAUGACAAGACUGAACAUUUGUCAGGCAAAAGACAUGAAUCGCAGCCAGAUUCCCAGAGAGAGAAAGAAAUAAAAAUUAUUACCUUUACAAUUAAGUACAAAAAAAAAUGUAUAAUAUAUAAUUCUUAUUUUCUAGAUAUGUAUACAUCUUUAUAUUUUUAUACAUAUAACUACUGUAUAUAUCUAUGUAUAUACGUUUACAUACUGUAUAUAAUGGCCGAAAGUAAAAGACUCCCUGGCCUCUAAAGUAAAAUAACUAAAAUUGUCAGGCUACAUUUGUAGAGUAUUUUUCUGUUUGUUUGGGGGUUCUUUUUGUUUUGUUUUUAUUUGAACCAAAUGUUAUGUAUUAUUAGUACAUAUUUUGAUGUUGACAAUAAAGUAACCCUCGUGAAAAUCG